AUGCCGGACUUUCACGAUUCCCUCACUCCGCCGUCACGUCCUGUCCCCGUCCGUGAGGAUUGCUGGUCUGAGGAAGCUUCAUCCACUCUGGUUGAUGCUUGGGGCCGUCGUUACCUUGAACUCAACCGCGGGAAUCUCCGGCAGAAGGAUUGGCAGGAUGUUGCUGAUGCUGUUAAUGCCCUUCAUGGACAUACCAAGAAAACUCAUCGUACAGAUGUUCAGUAUGCUUUGGUUGGACCUAAUUUUAAUACCAAAAGAACUUCUUCAUCGCCAUCACCGUCGCCGCCGGUUGCUCUUCCUUUGAUUCCUUUUCGGAAAUUCGCUCCUUCGUCACCUGCUAUUUCUGUGCCUCCGACUGCCGUUGCGCUUCCGCAGAAGAGACCGAUUGCCGCGGUGAUGGAUGAUGGUUAUUUCAGGAGGAAUUAUUCCGCGGUGGCCGCCGCAGCGGCUGCCGCGGAAGCUGAUGAGGAUGAGGAGGAAGAUGAAGAAGAAGAAGUAGAAGUAGAGGAGGAAGAGGUGGAGGUAGAGGAAGAGGAAGGGAGGGGAAGCGAAGUGGAUGAAGGGGAGAAAGGGAGGGAAGGGAUGAAGAGGUUGGCGAAGGCUAUUGAGAGAUUCGGUGAAAUGUAUGAGAGAGUGGAGGGGCAGAAACUUAGGCAGAUGGUGGAUUUGGAGAAACAAAGGAUGCAGUUUGCUAAGGAUAUUGAAGUGCAGAGGAUGCAGAUGUUUAUGGAUACACAAGUUCAGCUGGAGAGAAUCAAGCGUGGAAAACGAUCAGGGUCUAAUGAUAUAUAUAAUAGCUAG